AUGUGCUGUUUCCUUUUCCAGUUGUAAAGGGGUCAGGAGCCAGGCAAGGAGAGCCUGAACAAGAGAAGCAUUUUCCUGGGUUCUUCCAGCUGUUCUGUUCAAUCCCGCCGUCAGUUUUGAGCAGGGAAGAGAGACUGUCAACACAAAUAAGGCAUUUUUCAAAGGCGUAAAUUAUGAGUACCCAAAACAAUGCAACAUCUCAACCACAUGGAGACAUCGAGAUCCCCACAGCUGGAGCAGAUGUGGCUGUUAUUGGAGGUGUGAUUGCUGCAGUGGUAUUUGUCCUCAUUUGCCUGCUGGUGGUGAUGGUUCGGUACAUGUACAGACAUAAGGGCACCUACCACACCAAUGAGGCAAAAGGAACUGAGUUUGCCGAAAGCGCAGAUGCCGCUUUGAAAAAUGACCCUGCUCUCCAGGAAGCAGUGGAUGAGAGCAAAAAGGAAUAUUUCAUCUGAGAGGCAAGGAUUUCCAUGGAGGCUUCCCCAAGGGAAUCAAUGAGAAAUGUUACAUCAACAGAAGUGCUAAGAGAUGGAUAAUAGGAGGAUACAGGCAAGCAUCCUAAUUGAAAAAUAUCUCUUUGCUUCUUCUGUCACUGGGUUGUUUCUUUUCCUAUACCAGUGAAGAACUCUAAAUGCCAGAUACUUGCCUGUUGAUUUUAUUAGCAACACAGCUGGUCACAGUUGAAAUCAAUAUCAGAUAAGAAAAAACAAAAUCUCAGUAUGAGUGAUACACCAAAACCAGAUAAAGAUAGCAAAUGUCAAGCCUUGACAUUUGGUGAAAGUAGCAGAUGCCAAAGAAAAACAUCCUCUUAGAGUUAAUGAUGCAUCCUAUGCUGAUAUGAUACAGAACUAUCUGAAGUUGAAUUUCAAAUGGUAACAAAACAAACAUUCAAUUAGAUAAAGCUGAUGUAGCUGGAAAAAAAAUAAAUCUGUAGCCCAGGUAUCUCCUCCCGCCUCCUUAAAUGUGCAUUUUUAUUUGCACAGGGGAGUUUGUUUUGUUUGUUUGGGAAUUUACACUGGGAUUUUUUUUAAAUUUUUUAAAUUUUAUACAUAUAAAAAUCAAAGACACUUCAAAGAAUUAAAACUGUUGGAAAACAUGGAGAAGGUAAGAAUGAAGGAUUUAUUUCUGGCUUUCUCUGCAUGGCACCUUGAGAACUGCAAAGUGUUGGAAUUUACAAGGUAGUAUAUAAUAGCCAGUAGACUUACAAAUAUGAUUCCAAGUAGUUGGUAGGUUUUCUGCAUACAUGCAUAGAUAUUAAAAGGUAAAGCCUCCUGGUUUGAGCAGGCCUUUUGAAACAAUGGAGCUCAGCUACAUUUUUUCAUGUAAGAUAUUUUUGCCUGACUAUUUAUUUAUUUAUUUUGAAUUUGAAAAUUCUCUUGAAUGCAAACCAACAGGAUUUUGGAUUUUUGCAGGGAGAGGAAUUCAGUUCUAGUGCAGAUACCAAUAAGUGUUUAAGAAAUGCAACCAUAUGACUACCACUAUAAAGAAGCUUUUUCAUCUGCAUCCCACUGAUUUCUCCCUCUGUAUGGCUUCUGUAUAUCCUUUGCAUUGUGCUAGACAAGAGAAUUACACUGACCAUUGAUGUUUUAUUAUAAAUAAAUAAAUAUACCAGUCAUGGUGGUCACAUGAAAAGACCUUAUUCCUCACCUAAGAAUCGAUGGUGAUGAGUUUUUUAUCCCAGUAAGUUGGCUUCCUAAUUGAAGCCCAUAAUUAACUCCAUAAAUAAGAAAAUUGUUCUCUGCACCUGCUCAUCCACACCUGUGAUGGUGCCCUGGACUACUGAAAAGAGAGGAGAAGAAAUAGAAGAUAACAAAUAAGAUGCUGAUGAGCUCUGCUCAACCUGAUAUAUUUUUUCCUGUGUUUGGGUCUAUAUAUGUGUGUACACAUAUAUAAAGUCAUCUACAUCUGUGCUUUCAAGACAUUUUUGCAGAUCACUUGUGCUCAUUUCUUGGCACCAAAGCUUGGAAAGCUCCUGAACUCCAGUGUUCAUUAUUGACAUUGGUCAUAAAAAUGCUGUAAGAUAGAUCUGAACAAGAAAAGACUCUGAGGACCGAAGUGAAGAAAAAUGAGACAUUUUUGUCUUUCAAUCACAAUCUCAAUCUUUGCUCAGUAUCUGGAGAGGAUGGACUCUGAAUUAUUCUCAGAAUUAAUCUUAGCUGUAAAACUGAAUUUUCAAAACUGAAGACCCCUGAUCCUCUGGUUUAAUAAAAAUGUAAAUGUUUGCUCUGAAAAGAGGAUAACUGGGAUGGCUUGAGCUCUGCUGCAUCUCCCACACAAGGUGUGGGAACACCAAAGAACUUUCCUCCAGCACUAGCAGGACCUAUAGAGGACUACCAGCCUUUUGUCCCCUUUCAUAUACUCAAAACUAUGUAACAAUACUAUAGCUGUUAAAAAAUAUUGACUUUACAGGAAGGUGUGAGGGACUUAGGGAAUAAAUUCCUGCCUCUCUCCCCAGUCAUGAAAUUCUGGCUUUUGCUACUUGAGCCUGCUGAUUUUUAUUAAACAACGGUGUCAUAUCUGAUACACAGGAGAACCUAACUUAGUGCCUCUUUUGGUGUGGGUGUGAGUUUCUUAAUUAUGAGGUAGACUUAGACAAACUACCAUAUUGGAAUUAUAGAGACAUGUGAUGGUACAACAUGAGGUCAGUGGACCUCAGCCAAUUCUUACCAAUUCAGUCAACACCAGAUUUUGUGUCAUUGCUUCCCCUAAAUCUGAACUGAAUGGAAUUUCUUGUCUUUGACCAUAUCUCUUCUUAGUUAACACUCUUUAUCUCAUUUUCCCUUUUUAUCUAGGGGUGACAAACAGUCCAAGCAUACAGGAACAGCUUCCCUGUCAGUAAUGAGCCACUGAAUAGUUCUGCAGCAGUAACUCUGGCAAGAGCUAUGGUUUCAGUGAGUUUAUUUUUUCACAAGGUCCUUCUGGGCUCCAGGGAUUUGUAUAUUUAGAAAUUACUCAAGCAUACUGAACAGACAGAAGAGAUGAUUUGUGAAGAUUUUCUGUUUAUUUGUUUUCUUCAGGAAAAAUUUUGCUUUGUAAUGAAGAAAGCUCGUGAAAUCUGAUGACUGUCAGACUAAUGGCCUCAUCCUGCUGUUUUUUACUCAUAUAACUCUACUGUAUUGAGUCACUCAAUUUAAUUGUAAAAAGAGUGUAUUACAAACUUCCUAUAACUUCUAAGACUAAUUAGCCAAACAUCCUUCUGCAAGCAGCAUGCUGUGCUAAAACAAACAUUUUGUACAAUGCUGAGACAUCUCAGUUGGCAGCCAUAGCUUUUCAUCACUGAUGAUUAAAUGAUUUUUACAAUUUGCUUCCUGAAAAGAAAAAUUAAUGAAACAGAUUCUUCUUUCCCCAUAUACUUUUAUCCCAGGUCCCUCCACUGCUGUGGCCUGCUGUCCUGCAUCUCUCUGGUACCCCAUCUCCUCAUCUGUGACUGUUAUUCUUGCUUGCAGUCCCCCAGGCUUCCAUCUGGAUCCUUACUGCCUUCCCUAUGGCAAAGGAUUAGCCAUUUACUUACAUAUUUAUUUAUCUAUUUUUAUCAACGAAGAUGCUCUGUCCCUCUCUGCUAACCAAGAACCAAUUUUCGAAAGAUUUUGUCUUCGGAUUGCCAGUCCUGUGUCAAAUUUGAGCAAACCUGACCAACAUGACCCGAGACUGAUUUACAGAGUGAUCACAUAUGUUACAUUUUUAAAGAAAAUGGGUCUAAAAAUAGCACUGUAAGCUCUAUAGUUGUUAAAUUUAGUGCUAUAAAUCUCCAGUGUUUAUUAAACAAGGGAGUAGUAUGACGAUCCCUCAAGCCACUUGAAUUUGUCCUGGUGCCUUUCUGCCCUGUGAAAGCUUGUUGAAUCCCGCUUUGCAUAGGAAGUGAUGGGUCCACAUUUAGAAGUACAAGUAAGUAAUUUUUCAAUGAGGUACAGGAAAGCAGUGUACCAAAAUGACCAAUAUUUGCUGAAGUUGGAACAGAGAAGAUAAAUAUGAUCCUGUAGGAACACAGGACAUUUUUUUAAGAUAUGUGGAUGACAAGAGUUCAACACAAUAUUUCUGAUUACACUGGUGCGCUUUAAGAGUGUGUUCAUGGAGCUUUCAAAUUCUCUCACUGAAAAAAGUAAUUGCUUGCAAAGGGAAACUAAUUUCUUUUUAAUCCAUUUCUUCUUGUCAAGCUUUGAAACCAAUUUUCACAGAUUCAAUAUUCUGACAUUCUGCCUUUAAUAUCUGGAACUCUAUUUCUCCUAAUUUUUUGAGUAUAACUGACAGUUCUUCUCUGCACAAAAAUGACUGCUUGCCUAUCUCAGCCCCUGAAGCAGCAUCACAGCUCAGCAGAGUAAUUCUGUCCAAAAGAAGUCAGUCCUAAAUGUGUGUCUGACCACAUAUUAGUGGACAUAGGAUGCAUUUUUUCUGGGGUUUGGCCUCUAUCAUUCCAGGUUUUCCUGAGGUCCAGUGAGCCAUUGCCCAUUAAUACAGUUCUGAGGAGAAUUUAAUCAUCCCUAGUCAAGGUAAUUUUAUAUAUAUAUUUCUUUUUAGAACUAUAGGACCAAAUCACUUUGGGAUACUAUUAAAUAUAGGACCAUAGGAUUUCUCAGAACAUCGACAUCAAUUUUUCUUUUAAAUCAAAUCUAGGGAUCAUUGGGGAACAUCAGGACAGGGAAAUAAAAAGGACUGUGUUCUUUCAGCAAGGAAUGCAGACAAGGUGCUGAAACAUUUAUAGCUCCAGGAUAAGCAGGACAGCACCACUAGCUAAAGCGUGUAAGAAUCCCUCACAGAAUAGAGGAAACACAGAAACAAGAUGUAAAUCAGUAAAAAGAUACAGAGGAGGAGAAGGUAAUCAGAUGUCAAUAUAGACGGAGAGCAGUUUUUCAUCACACAAAAUAGAUAUUCCUGUUUAGAAAUAUCAAAGUGUAUUUGCUGAAGGUAACUGGUGACAACAAAUUUCUUUGAAUUAUAUAAGAUCUUUGGAUUCUUUGCAUGUGUAAGUCUGAUCAAAAAUGCUGGUAAAUGCACACCAAAAGAAUACUCACAUUAAAAACAUUAAGAGCUAUUUAUUUCAUUUUCUAAAAUCUCUCAGUUCUUUGCAUAAAAUGAAAUGUAUGUUUAGAAAACGCAGAAGCCUCACAGCAGCAGUUCAUUUGGGACAGAAAACUAAGGAAUCCCUGAACAAGCAAUGAACACACAUCUGAUGUCUGGAAAUUCAGGCAGUUAAUAAAGGAAGUUAACGAUAUCAAAGAACAGAAUAGAUGGUGAGCAAAAAUUCCAACCAUAUUACAAAGAAAUUAAAUCUUUGUAGUAGUAAAGAUCUUUCUCUAGUUCAAGACAGUAGAACUGUGAGUGACUGAAAAUAAGGAAGCCUUACUCUACAUGACCGUUGCCCAUGUGGUUGGGGCAAAGUCCCACUGAAUGCAGUGGGACACAAAUUUCACCAACUAUAUUUAUCUUUCCUGUAAAAAAACUGUAUUCCCACUCAUGUCAGAAAGAAACACAUCAAAAUAAAGUACAAUCUUUAUAAGUGCUGAUCUUUCAGCAUAACUUCUUGUCUUCACACAAUUUUUCUGUUGUUUCAAACUGUAUGUAUGAUGGAAAGCAUCUGAUAUGUUGUACUGAAGUCUAUAUGAAUUGCAGCAUUGCUAUGACAAGAAUAGAGAAAAAGAAUUUUCAAAGCUUACUGCUGAUUUUAUAUUAAAGCUGGCAAUAAUGUUUGUAUUUACCAAAGCUAUUAAUACUCUGAUGGUGUAAAUCUACUAUAUUUUGAAUUGGGUGGGG